AUGUCCUCGGAACAAUAUCCCGUGCAUCACCACGGCAUCUACCACAACCUGCCCUCCUUCUCCCCAUCCAUCAAGAACCUCACAGCAAUCAUAACUGGCGCAAAUGGCAUCUCCGGCUUUGCAACCCUACGAGCCCUCCUCGACCACCCAGACCGCUGGAGCAAGAUCUACACCAUCUCGCGCAGUCCUCCUCCGGCGGAGAUGCUCAGCCUCCUCACACCGUCUCAGCACUACAUCUUCUUCUACUCCUACCUGCAGCCACGGCCACCGGCCGGGUCCGCGCCAUGGACAAACGCGCAGGAACUAGUCCGGGUCAAUACUGCGCUUCUCACCAACUUCCUAUCCGCACUCUCCCUCAGCAAGAUCAAACCACGCCGCAUUGCCCUCCAAACCGGCGCAAAGAACUAUGGCGUGCACCUAGGCCGCAUCCGCACUCCGGCCAUCGAAUCAGACCCCCGCGUCACCCUCGAGCCCAACUUCUACUACCCCCAAGAAGACGCGUUGUGGGACUGGUGUGCAUCCAAUAACGUAGAGUGGAACGUUAUUCGGCCGUCGUGGAUCAUCGGUGCAGUCAAGGCUGCUCAGAUGAAUGCACUGUAUCCGUUCGCUGUUUAUGCGGCUGUUGCGGCGCACCGCGGGCAGCCGCUGGUUUUUCCGGCGGAUUGGUCUGCUUGGUUGCUGGAGUCGCAUCAUGCUACGGCGAGACUGACUGGAUACCUCACCGAGUGGGCGGUGCUAGAGGAUAAGUGUAGGAAUGAGGCUUUUAAUGCGCAGGAUACCAGUCCGUUGAGUUUUGAUCGAUUGUGGGAGGAGCUGGUACGGUGGUUCGGGGUUGAGAAGGGUGGUGUUAGGCCAAAGGACGAUGAGAGUGGGAUGGAUACUGUUGUUGGGAAGGGGGGAAGUCAUAAUCCUGUUGGCGGCGGCCCUCCAGUUACACUCAAGUUCUCAUUUACCCUCCAACACUGGGCCAAGCAGCCCGAAAACGCCGCAGCAUGGCGCGAGAUCAUGGCCGCGAACCCCAGCGUGACAGUUGAUCCUUUCCAGGACGUGGAAGGCUAUUUCACAUUCGGGGACGCUGCCUUUGGGGGUGUUGGCCAGUUGUCAAUGAAUAAAGCUCGACGACUGGGCUGGACCGGAUUCGUCGAUACGAGGGAGAGUAUCUUUGAGAUGUAUCGCGAGAUGGAGGGAUUGGGUAUGUUGCCACGGACUAAGGUGGAUGUGGCGAGACCGCUGGCGUAA